AUGGCCACAGCGUUGGCAGGUGGUGCCCAGCACCAGCACCAGCGAGUGGGGCAAGGCAAAAGCAUUUCGGCCCGCAUCCAAUCGCAAAUUCAGGACUUGCUCCAAGAAAAAAACGUCCUUCAGGGCGUGGCUGACAAGUGGCAGACUGUGGCGCAGGAGCAGGAGCAGCAAACCAAGACACUGCAACGCAAUCUCCUCCAAGUGACGGCUCAUCGAGAUACCCUCACCGUGGCCCUGGAAACUCGAGAUGCCCAGCUGACCAACCUGACUGAGAAGCUCAAAACAGUCGAGGAGAAGCAUGAAGAAGCGUGCCAACAACUUCAGUUGGUGCAGAAAGAGGUGGCUACCAGCGCCCAGCUCGCCGAGCGCGUGAUUCAAACGCGUGCCAACCUCGAAAGCCAGCUUGAAGCUAUAAGUGGAGACAUGACAGCCCUUCAACGGCGCGAGGCAGAUUUGGACGCUGAGCUGCAAGCAGCUCGCAACAAACUCAGUGCCAUGGCCCUCGACUUGAAUACGAGUCAGCAUGAGGCCAGCCGGCUCUCAGUGGAUAACAGUCGCCUGGUCCAGGAUGUCAAGGCUUGGGCAGAGCGCCACGAAGCAACCGUCGAUCAACUAAGGACGGCUGAAGCUGAAGUGCAGGCACGGCAAGCCUCGAUUGAGGCCUCUGCUGCCGAGCGUGUGCAGCUCGAGCAGCGCUUGCAAGAGCAAGCAGAAACACAAGCCCGACUCGAGGAGGAGGGUGUGCUUCAGCGUACCACUGCAGCCAAACUGCGUAAGCUAAGGCAAGAGAUUGAGCUGCUUGAGCUCGCCAAAAGCGAGUUGGAGGCGUCCAAGUCUCAAGUUCUCGAGGAGAUGAAGCAAAAGGAGCAGUUUCUGCUUGACUCGGAAGCACAAGUGGCCGACUGGAAACAAAAACUGGAGACAUGCAUCAAAGAGCGAGAUGCCCAAGCUGAGGAAAACUCAAUUCUGCGCACAGAGAAAGAUCAAUUGCUCGCAGAACAUCAGGCCACCUUGGUGAACAUGCAGAGCGAGGCGCAGGCUACUGAGGCACGCUUAGGGGCGACACUCGAGGCAUUGAAUGUUGCACAUGACAAGCUGGUGGUAGAGCACGAAGACUUGAAAAGGGCCAUUGCCACACAUGAAGCCGCAGCCCGCGAAAAAGCAGAUGAAAUUUCAUCCUCCGAGCGUGCUCUCCAGGAAGCACAACAAGUAAUCAAAGCCUCGGCGGACAAACUCCAGGAGGUCGACGACAAGAGCAAAGCCCUUGAAGAACAAUUGCAACUGACCCAAGCGCGUCAAGCCGAGGAUCAAAAGUGUGUCAAAAAGCUGCAGGACACCCUGCAAACCCUGGAAGCUGCCAAGUGCAAGGCUGACGCUGAGCUUGACAUGGUCAAAAACCAGUCCUCCAAACAGCGCGAAGAGGCCAAUGACGCCUACCAGUCGCUGCAAGCGGAGCUUGAUGCCGAGCGAGCGAAGCUCCAGCGUGCACACGAAGAAACGAAGCAGAUUCGCGCCGCCUGCGUCUGUGCUGCUACACAAAACCAGCUCGAGCAAUGCCAGGCAGAAUUGGAGAAAGCACACGAACGCACCAAGGUGCUGCAAGAAGGCUUGAAGAGCGCGUACAGCAAGAUUGCGCACUUGGAAAAGCAAGCAGCGCGCAGCAAUCGUCAAGAGUCUAUGGCAGUGCAGCCGUCCAGCCCACCAACGGUUGCGUCAUCAACUCGCCCUGGCUGGACCAAUACUCCCACAGCCAAGACACCCACAGCUCGUACCCCCAUGACCAAAACACCGGCCAGCAAGCAGGCAGCCACGACCACGCGCGCACGCAGCUCAGCUCUUCGCCCGCGUGCCUUUGCCACGCCUCACACCACUCGGGCAGCGCGCAUUCGCUCCCCUGCCAAUGCUACCAAUGCGCACAGUGCCAGCGGAGCAGCGCGAUCUCAGCUUCGGCUUCGCAACCGCCAAAAGACGACACGCAGCCGCCUUGCCGAAUAUGACUUUGACGGCGACGACAGUGCAGCCAAGGUUGAAAGUUCCAAGAAGGAGCAUAUGGGACUCUUCUUCGACGAGACCCCUUCGAGCCAGUAG